AUCGUCCUUAGUAACCAGUAAAAAUGUCCGACGACAAAGACUGGCGUCCUACUUUAUCAGAAUUAACAAACCUUCUUGAAGAAUUAGGAAUUUCCCCUCCGGAAAAUUCUCCUUUAGAAUCUUUAGAAUCUUCCUUGAGUUCCCAAAAAUUCCUCACAGAUUCCGAAUAUGAAGACGCUAGUUUUUUAUCUUCAAUUUCGGAAGAUUUAAACCGGGAGGAAGCGAUGGAAAAUUUAAGGGAGUUUAGGAAAAAAGAGGAGGAAAUUCGGGUGAGGAAUUUUCAAUUAACAGAGCGCUUGAUUGAAUUUUUUGAAAGAAAACAGAUGAGCUACGUGAUGUGUGAAGUAGAUGAUGAAGAGCAAGUGGAAAAUUAUUAUAAAAUUUUGAAAAAAUUGAAAAUUUAUAAAGAAAAGCUGGAAAAUUUACGAAAAAAUUCAGGGGAAGAGCUUGAAGGGUUAAAAGAAGAAAUUGAGAAGAAAAAAGGAAAAAUUGAAGAGUUAAUUGCGGAAAUUGUGGAAAAUCAGAGGAAAAUUCGGGAAAAUUUGGAGGAAGUAAAAGAAAAAAGGAAAAUUUUUAAAUUAAUUAAUCGGCAAUUGGAUAAGUUGAACAUUGUGUCAGAAUACCGGCUUAAAUAUAUAAAACUCAGGAAUGAGCUCUUUAAUCUUCACAAUAGUCUGAGCGAAAUAAUCAGGAAAAAUUCUAAUUUAACUAAAACAGACUACGAGCGUCUAGAAGCCGAGAAAUUAUUCUAUACUCAGCAAUUGGAACAGAAAAUCCAGCAGAUUAAAUUUUUUAAAUUAAAAAAGAGAAGUCUAGAGUUUAAAAUUGGAAAAUUAAAGUCCAAAAAUCGGGAAAUUAAAUCUCAAAUUCAAAAAAGUGAAAUUUUAAAACCAGAAUUGAAGAAAAAAAUUCUGGAGCUUGAAUUAAGAAAAUCUAAAUUAAGAGAAAAAUUCCUGGGAAGGAAAAUUGUGAAAAAUAAAAUUAAUUGCCAGGUUUUGGUUAAAAAAAAUAGAGGAUUAAAGGAGUACCAAAAAAUUGUGAGGCAGGAACAUCAAAAAUGGAUUAAGAAAAUUUCUAGGCAGCUUAAACAGCUCAAAAUUUUGAGACAAAAAAUGAGUGCAGUUAAAACUUAUUUUAUUUUGCAUGAAAAAAAUAUUUAAUUUUUUUCUUUUUAAAAAAAAAUAGUUAUUUAUUUUCUGAGGAAGGAACCUUAUUGGCCAUUAAAUUUCCUGUAAGUGCAUUUUUUUAUUUUUUAAAUUAGAGGUAUGUCACCAAAAUUGCAUUAGCGAGGUGUUAAAGUUGCUAAAGUUUUACUACAAAAGUUUAGGGUUCGAUUCUCGGUCAAGGUAAAUUUUUUUUUUUUAUUUUUUUUUAUUAAUAUUAUA